AUAUUGUCACGAUUCAAACAAAGUGGAUAUGUUGGAAUAACUAGUCAAAACCCAGCUGCCGUCUAUCCACCAAAUAUGUUUUUAUCCUAUGAUUUUGUGAAUUGGCUAACCGCUGGAAAUGUGAAAGAGUUGGUGACACGUGAAAGCGCAAUCAAGUUCGCUAAUGACAUGGUCGACCUUGAAACUAUUCAAAUCGUUCGAGCAACCGACACUGAAUAUGAUGAGCUCGAAUCAUGUGUAUCGUCCGAAUCUGAAGCACGAUUGUUCCGUUAUGGUUGGGCUAUCAUCAAACAUUCGAAAAUUUAUGGUGUGGCCUCAGAUCAUAUCGUUAUCUAA